AUGAAAGGGAACAGCCAAUCAAUACUAUACGUGAUGUUUCUUUUAAUCGAAGGAAUACUUGGUCGAUCAAUUCUAAGCGGUAAAAAUGGUAUUGACAAGCAAUUUAUUCUUAACAAGCGAGUUAUUAAUGGACAGAGCGCAGAAGCACACGAAUGGCCUUGGCAGAUUUCUCUACGUGUGAACGGACAACACAUGUGCGGCGGUUCUUUGAUAAAACCAGGGUGGGUCCUGACUGCAGCUCACUGUGUUGAAUGGAAUCCGUCACCAACCAUUUAUCAAGUAGUAGUAGGGUGGGGAAACACACAAAAAGGAGGAGCAAGCAUCCUCCAGGAAGCAGAACUUCCAAUUGGCAAGGAAGAGAACUGUCGUGAAGUAUUCCCAGAACUGCUUCACAGUGAAACAAUGAUCUGUGCUGGUGGAAAAGGAAAAGGUGGUUGUCAAGGUGAUAGUGGUGGACCACUUGCUUGUUUAGAAGGUGGACAAUGGAUCCUGCGAGGCGUCGUUAGCUUUGGACGAGCAGAUUGUUCCCCGAAACAUUACACUGUGUUCGCGCGAGUUAGCAGUCUGGUUGAGUGGAUUGACAAUAUGAUAGAGACUCGAGGCUCGUGCAAAGACCUGCUCCCGACCAGCUAUUGUGAAAGGAUGAAGUCUCACUGCAAGUCGUAUGGACACCCUAUUCUUCGCCAAAGAUGCAGAAAGACCUGCGGACUGUGUUGA